CGGACACAACUUUAGCAGGUGUAGAAACCUAGCUAGCUGCCAGUUCUGUGCUGAAAACCACCUAACUACUCAGCACUUCUGUAGCAUUUGCAAAGUAAAAGGAAAAGCUUGUAACCACACGCUCCCAAAAUGCAAAAACUGCAAACAAACCCACUUUGCGAAUAGCAAAGACUGCGAGGUCCUUCUAGCCAUUAAAUAAUGAUAGAAAACCUUAAAGUACUACAAGUAAACUUAAACAAAAGUAUACAGGCUACAGAGUCAACGCUACAACUAGCAACUGAGCUAAAAGUUAAUAUUAUUGCAAUCCAAGAACCGUGGAUUGCACCCUCUAGCAGCAAUAGCUACGAAGCUCCAAGGUUAAUAGCCCACCAAAGCUUCUACCAAAUCUUUCCAAAAGCAGGUCCAAACCUCCGCCCAAGAGCUCUAUUUUAUAUAUCUAGAUCUCUAACAGCAGAGGUUAGCCAGCUAGAAGAGAUAGCUGAUCCCGACGCUAUUGCUAUCACGAUAUAAGAAGGACGCUUAAGGUUCAAUAUCUACAAUGUAUACAACCAAAAAAACUAUGAAAACAUAAAAACCUUUCAAAGAAUACUUGCAAACACCCGGCUACCAACAUCUACUCUUCUACUAAUGGACGCUAAUGAGCACCACCCUUGGUGGGACCUAGGUAGUAGUAAUACUAGCUAAGGCGGCCAACAACUAGCAGAUUGGAUAGAAGACUAACACCUUAGCCUUCUAAACACGCCAGGCACAGCUACUUUCUUUAGACCCCAUCUAUCUAGAGAAACAACGCUAGAUCUAUCUAUCGCCACACCAGAUCUAGAAGACAAAGUUAAAGACUGGCAAACCACGACAGAAACCGGAUCUGAUCACUACGGGAUACUCUUCUCAAUC